AUGAAUUUCUCUCUCUUCGAGCGGAAACAGUGGCCUCCGUCCUGGUUUACAUCUGGGAGCCAUUCCAUGCCGGGGGUUUGGGCAUGGCGGGUUCUAUCUACUUUCCGUGCCAGUUUCAAAGCUCAGCUGCGGCAGACCGUUCGAUCUCCAUCAGCAGACAAUAAGUCUCGGAGAUUGGCCAUCGUCACGAAAGCCAGCUCGUCAAGCUCAAUCAAAGAACAUCCACUGUUCCAGCCGACAGUUUACUCGACUCAUGCCCCGCUCACGGAGAUCGAUAUCAACCUACACAAAUCCAAUUCUACCUACUUUAUAGACCUGGAUGUUUCCCGGGCCGAGCUAAUGGGGCGCCUUCUAGCACCCGCCUGGCCUAUGGAUAACAUGCUAAUAGAGUACACAGGUCGAGAUGGUGUACAGAAGCGUGAGAAGGUUCAAGGAUCUCCUGCUUUCAUACUCGGUGCCACUUAUACAUCCUUCAAGCGGGAGAUUGGCGCGUAUACCUCGUAUAACGUUGAGUCUCUAGUCCUCGGAUGGGACACGAGAUGGUUGUAUAUUGGUUCUUGGUUUGUUGACAGAAAGGACAAGAAGAAGCUGUAUGCUUGCAGUCUGUCAAAAUAUAUUUUGAAGAAGGGUCGCAUCACCGUGAGACCCGAUUUAUUCCUUAUGGAGGCGGGCUGGAUACCCAGUCAAGAACCCGGCAACGGUGCCAUAGGGGACAGCUGGACAUGGGAUGAGAUUGAGGCACAGAGAAAGCAGGGAAUGGCUAUUGUCGACUCUUGGGGAGAUACAGAUCUACGGCUAGAGAGGGUUUAUUUGGCUGAUGCAAAGUAA